GACUUUUUAAAAAAACACUAUCGUCAUCACAUGCUUGAAAAAAAAUGAAAAUUUCGAAAAGUCGAAAAGUCUGUUUUUUUUUAGAAAAUGCAAAUCAGUUCAAUAUUUGAGUGACAUCUAAAAAUUACUUUUUCAAGGAAAACAUCAGCAGUGAUGAAAUUUUGACCACACUAAAAAAAAAACAUCGUAUACCUCUUGAAAUAAGGACUGCUUUUUGAAAGCUUACUCGACUAUAGUAGGUUGCUUAAAAUGGAUGUUUGAAAAAAAUAUAACUGGAAGAUUUCAAAUUCACGGACGAUUUCAUCGAACAAAUUGAAACUUUUGCCAUUUGGAGCGAGUCACUCAGUCGUUUCGUAUCUAAGCUUUGUAAUCUGUUUCAGUAAUUGUUGAUUGAUGAGUCACCGACGAUUACGAUUACGAAUACGAAAAAAGGGAAAUGGAAACCUGUCGACACUCCUCAUAUGAAAUGAACAGGCCACUAUAGGAAAACCUCGUCUUGGUUUAGAAUUUUUCUAAGUGUGCAUUCUGCAAGCUUGUUAUCACGUGCUGCCCGGUUUCUGUAAUCUUAUCACUUCUCAGUUCUCGAUGAAUUCAAAUCCGCUUGCAUCGCAGAUUUCAGUUACAUUGUAUUGUACAAGCUUCUAAUUCGGCAAUUGAGUCCAGUUUUUUUACUCAACUUAACCAUCAGUCAAGAUUCAACCAAGUCCAAGUAUUUUCUCAACUCGACUUACGAUCUAAAAUGGAUACUCGGAGAUACCUUUGGGAUUGGCAAUUCAGUGAUGAUUUUAUCGAAGAAAUUGAAACUUUUGCCAUUUGGAGUGACUGGGCUAGAUCUAGGAAUAUCCUCGUUAUCACGAAAAACAACGACGUUUAUGCAGCUGGAAAUCUCAAAAAGCGCCAUUACACGGAUAAUUUAUCAUCUACAGACCUGAAAAAACCGGCGAAGCUUUCUAUGUUAUGUGGAAAACGAAUUAAAAAAUUUGUACUCGGGACCCGUCUGGUUUUCAUUUGUACUGAAGAAGGCGAAGUUUUUGGUUAUGGAAAUUAUUACGAUAAAAAGUAUGCGUCUGUUUCACCUCAAAAAGUAUCCGCACUGGAGGGAUUGUGUGUCGUAGAUAUCGCCAUUGGAUCAUUCAACAGACAUAUGGCUUUAUGUGAUGAUGGAAAAAUUUACAAAUUUGAAUUUACUGACGAAUCGUCCAAAUAUUUGCAUUUGAUUGACACCAGCGCAGUGGAUGCGAAACCAUUGAAUAUAGUCCACAUGACCGUAAACUGUUUUAUGGCAUUAUUAGAGAAUGGAAAGGUGGUAAAGGUAGUGAUCGGUAACAAGGAUUUUCCAUAUCUAUUUGGUACUACCGCUACCGAUGAGAAAGAUUGCGACAAAGUAGCGGUUUUUGACAACUGUAUCAAUCACGGUAAAAUUGAAAAACUCAUUGAUGGAGGUUCGCAAGUGUAUGCUCUGGGCGAAGAUGGUCGUUUAUUUAUGAUUGAAAAAGGUUAUUCUCGAUGGCCGAGUGAAGUAUCUUCCGUGCAGUUUGAACCCCAUUCAUUUUUCAUCGAAAAAAUUGUUGAUGUUGCGGUCGACAAUGUGGCAUCUCUUACAGCUGUGUUGAGUGAAAAUGGUAAAGUAUACAUGUGGGGCGUAGGCCGAGGUGAAAACAUUCAGGGACAGGAACCUCAGCUUACGCCAUAUGAAUCGCUUCAUGAAGUCUUCUUUCAUUACUCAAUGCCGUUAGUGACUUACAAACCAAUACAUGUCAACGAAUUGUCAGUUGUAACUCAUCACCCUCAGAUCAGAAGGAUUGAAUGUAUAACAGAUUCGUUCAAAAAAGCAUUUGAGGAUCCGAAAUACCAUGACUUAUCCAUCAUGGUGGAAGAUGAAGCGAUUCCUGUCCAUAAGUCAGUAUUGGCCAUACGAUGUGAACAUUUCGCGGAAUUAUUUGAGAAAGAGUGGCCGAUUGAAAAACCAAGUGUUCUAGAAAUCGAAAGCAGUAAUGUUACAGUCUGCAAAGCUUUCCUCAAAUACUUGUAUACAGAUCUAUUCUACUAUUCAUUAUCCUUCAGUGACACUAUAGAAUUACUCAAUUUGGCAAAUAAAUACAACGUAAAACUACUAGCCGAACGUUGUGUAUCGUCGUUACAGUCCAAUAUUACCUUUGAAAACGCCACAUUUUUGUACGAACGUGUAAUUGCGAUGAGUAAAGUGACUAAAAUGAAUGAUGUUUUUGAUCAGUUGGAGGAAUCCUGCGUGAAAUUUUGUACAGAUAAUUUCAACGAAAUCGGCGCAUCGAACGAAUUUGCCAAGUUGACUGCAGAAAUAGCUAAACAAUUGAUCAUACAAGUUUGCGGACGUAGAUUAAAGAAUGUGAACAUAAAUAAUUAACGAAUGUGAUAAAUAAUGAUUAUUGUUAAUUAAGGUGCCAUGCCAUGUGCGUUGGUGUUUUGUUUUGCGCUUACCUAUCUGCUGUUUAAUCUAAUAAGUGUUUUUGUUAUAAUCCAUUUUUGUUUGAUCUGAAUUUUUUUACGUUGAAUUAUGCAUAUAAAAUGUUUAUUUUCAUAU